UUGAUUUUGUCUUUGGGAUUUAUCUCACUGUUGAAUCCAAUUCAAAGAUUAUAACUUUAUGAACAUCAAUUCAAAGAUUCUCUUUUUAUCAUUCACGCAUCUUCUUCUUCUUCUUCUAUCAUCAAUCGUUGAAUCCGAUUCGAUUUGCCUCUCUUCCGGCUUAGCUUCUACGGUGGCAAUGGCGGCUCCGGGAUCGGUUCAGAAAGGAGAUGAAGAGUGGCGUGCGAUUCUUUCACCUGAACAGUUUAGGAUUCUUCGUCAAAAGGGCACUGAAUAUCCAGGAACAGGAGAAUAUGUCAACUUCGACAAAGAAGGAAUUUACGGUUGUGGAGGAUGUAAUGCUCCUCUUUAUAAAUCCACCACAAAGUUCAACGCUGGUUGUGGCUGGCCAGCUUUCUUUGAAGGAAUCCCCGGUGCCAUUACCCGCACGACAGACCCAGAUGGGAGAAGAACAGAGAUCAACUGUGCAACAUGUGGUGGACAUCUUGGUCAUGUUUUCAAAGGCGAAGGUUUCGCUACUCCAACUGAUGAACGCCAUUGCGUGAACAGCGUUUCACUUAAGUUCACACCCGCAACGUCUUCCUUGUAAAUCUUGUCACAACAAGAUUAUUGUUCUCUCUCUGGAUUUUUUCACUCAAGUGAGUGAGAGAAAAAAGAAUCUUGUAGGUGUGUGUGUGUGUCUAUACUGUUUUUUCUUUCUAUAAUUUAUUUUGAUUCAUCACCUCAAGCGUUUGGACAACAACUCUAGUAUGUGUUAUUAUUUGUAACUGAAUAAAACGUACUCUUGUAAUACAAAAGCUGCUAUGUUACGCAUCUCUAA